UUAUCUCAUUCUUGUAUCUCGCUCACUCCAACGUAACGGGUACACUUGAAUGACAUUUCCGAACGCAGCUCGGGAGUUGCUGCACGUGAUUAUACGCGGAAUGAUAGAGAGAGUGAGAGCUUAUGCAUCGUAACGAUAAUUUAAAUUAUCAAUCAUCAGAAGCAACGAUUGUGGACCAUUUAAAACGAGCAGAGAAAUAGCUGUCGUGAAAUAUGAUGUCAGAUACUCAUUGGUUCUAUUAGAUACUUCAGUAAAGAGAAAUGAAGAAGAAAAGAGGACUCAUAAUCUGCAAUGUAAUUAUGAAGAAAUGGAAAAUUUAUUUCUUCUAAAGACAAAAGCCCAACUACUGGAAGUAGAAGAAAUGUUAAGGGAAAACUCCCAAGAUGCUAGUGCAAUAUCCAUGGUUGGGAGUAACGUCGAUGAUGCUGUGAAGAGAACUUUGUGCAAGAUAUUUUCAAAUGAAUUGGCGGAAAAGUAUAAUUGGGAAGGUCGACGUGGAAACGAACCAUUGCAAAAGUUACAAAUUACGAAAGUGAUUUUCAGUAAGUUCACGCAAAUUACAACCCACACGGAACAAAACUUCCAUCGGAUGUCCAUUAGACUUCCAUCAUGGAGAUUCAGAACCUCUAAUAGACGUCCAUAGAAAAUCCAUAAAGCCUCCACUCAACAUCCAAAUGUACGCAUCUUAAACCUCCAUUGAACUUCCAGUGGACGUUCUAAUAAUAUUACACAAUCACAUAUUAUUAUCA